UCUUUGACUGAAGAAGACUAAAAGCACCAUGGAAGGAAACUAUCUAACAAGAAACUCACACAAAGGGGAAAGCUUUGGGUUUGAGGAGCACACAUGGGGAACUUCAUGGCCUGCAAGGAACUAUUCUUGUAGCUUUUGCAAGAGAGAGUUCAAAUCUGCUCAAGCUCUUGGUGGCCACAUGAAUGUUCAUAGGAGGGAUAGGGCAAGGUUGAGAUCAUCCUUAAUGUCUUCAUGGGUCUCUCAUGAUCAGUGUAGUACUCCUAAACCUAACCCUAGCUGCACAAAGGCUAACCCAACUCAUCAUAUAAAUCUUUCACUGCCUUCCUCAUCAUCAACAUCAUCAUCAUAUGUAUCCAAUGCUCUCUUGAAUUGUGCUCACCGUUCUCCACUAUAUUGCCCUUGUUUGACCUUGUCUUCUUCAUCACUCCCUCCAGCUUCUACUAGUGGAGAUAAGAAACCAAGACUUUCAUCUUUCCAAAUUCCUCCUUUGAAUCCUCAAAAUAGAGAGAUCAAUAUGAUUAAGGAAACAAAAAGUGGUUUUGGAGUUGAGGGAUUACAAGAUUGUGAAAUAUUGGAGGAUGAGCACAAGGUUUUGGAGGAUAGUACUGAGCAACACAUCACUUUGGAGUUGGGAAUAGGAUUGCUUGAACAUCCAAAGGAGAAGCUAGAUUUGGAGCUGCGUUUGGGGCAUUUCUAGUGCAAUUAAUCUAACAAGUAUCUGACUGAUCUUCAAGUCUUCAACUUCAAUGUUUUCCUUAACUUCUUGCACCUGUAAUUUCUUUAUCCAUUUAAGCUUCUUUUAUGUUAUAUUCUGCAUUUGUAAGACUCUUAUUAU